AUGGCUUUCGAGAAGAUCAAGGUCACAAACCCCAUCGUCGAGAUAGACGGAGAUGAAAUGACUCGAAUUAUCUGGAAGUCAAUUAAGGAUAAGCUUAUUCUUCCCUUUGUGGAAUUGGACAUUAAGUACUUUGACCUUGGCCUUCCACAUCGUGAUGCAACUGAUGAUAAGGUUACAGUCGAGAGUGCCGAGGCUACUCUCAAGUAUAAUGUUGCAAUCAAGUGUGCAACUAUUACACCUGACGAAGAUCGAGUCAAGGAAUACAGUUUGAAAAGCAUGUGGAGGAGCCCAAAUGGGACAAUCAGGAACAUUUUGAAUGGUACUGUAUUCAGAGAACCAAUUAUAUGUAAAAACGUCCCUCGGCUAAUUCCAGGUUGGACUAAGCCUAUCUGCAUUGGUAGGCAUGCUUUUGGUGAUCAAUACAGAGCAACAGAUUCUGUUAUUAAGGGGCCUGGCAAACUCAAAUUGGUGUUUGUUCCAGAAGGCGAAGGUGAGAAUCAAGAUAUAGAAGUCUACAAUUUCACAGGUGCUGGUGGGGUAGCUUUGUCCAUGUACAACACUGAUGAGUCAAUCCGUGCAUUUGCUGAGGCUUCUAUGACCACUGCUUAUGAGAAGAAGUGGCCGCUUUAUCUUAGCACAAAAAAUACAAUUCUCAAGAAGUAUGAUGGAAGAUUCAAGGACAUAUUCCAAGAAGUAUAUGAAGCCAGCUGGAAGACCAAGUACGAGGCUGCGGGUAUAUGGUAUGAACAUCGGCUCAUUGAUGAUAUGGUAGCCUAUGCCCUUAAGAGUGAAGGGGGCUAUGUAUGGGCUUGCAAGAAUUAUGAUGGAGAUGUGCAGAGCGAUAUGUUAGCCCAAGGUUUUGGAUCUCUUGGAUUGAUGACUUCGGUGCUGGUGUGCCCAGAUGGGAAGACUAUAGAGGCAGAGGCAGCACAUGGUACAGUCACUCGCCAUUACAGGGUUCACCAGAAAGGUGGUGAAACCAGCACAAACAGCAUUGCGUCCAUCUUUGCUUGGACAAGAGGACUUGCACACAGGGCAAAGUUGGACGACAAUGCUCAACUCCUGGAUUUCACCCAGAAGCUGGAGGCAGCAUGCAUCGGCGCAGUAGAGUCGGGCAAGAUGACCAAAGAUCUCGCGCUGAUUAUUCAUGGAUCCAAGUUGAGCAGGGACACCUAUCUUAACACGGAAGAGUUCAUCGACGCUGUUGCUGCUGAGUUGAAGGCUAAGCUCUCUGCAUGA